AUGUAUAAGAACCGGUUGCAAGAAUUGGCUCAAAGAAGCUGUUUUAACUUGCCAGCCUAUUCAUGUAUUCGCGAAGGGCCAGAUCACGCUCCUCGUUUCAAGGUAACUGUAAACUUCAAUGGAGAGACCUUUGAAAGCCCUACGUUUUGCUCUACUCUUAGACAGGCUGAACAUGCAGCAGCUGAGGUAGCUCUGAACACACUGGCAAAGAGAGGUCCUUCUAGAACAUUGGCAGCUAGAGUUCUGGAUGAGACAGGAGUAUACAAAAAUUUGCUCCAGGAAACUGCCCACAGAGCUGGACUGAACCUUCCAGUUUAUAGGACUGUUCGUGCUGGAUCAGGUCCUGUCACUAACUUCUAUUGUACAGUUGAGAUUGCAGGAAUGCAUUUUUCUGGCGAUCCAGCUAGGACCAAGAAACAGGCUCAGAAAAAUGCUGCAAUAGCUGCUUGGUCUGCAUUGAGAAAAUUGUCAGAGAAUCAGUUAUCUUCCUCAACUUCAUCCUCAUUUUCUUCCGAGUCUAAAAACAAUGAAGAACAAGAACAUGUCAUUAUUGCCCGUGUCCUUGCGAGUUUACAUUCAUCUGGAUCAAAGAACUUACCGAAAAGUGAUCAUCAACAUAGAUGGCAAAACUCCAAUAGAGCCUCAUUGGUGUCAACCCAGCCAACUUCAGGGAUGUAUCCUAUGCAAUACCAGCAUUGUGAAAUCUCUAACUUCUCACCUGAGUUGGUUCUUUAUCAGAUUUGGCAGCACGAACAAAUCAUGCAGCAACAAAAUCGCCUGUUGGCACUAACCAUUCAGCCAAUUAUUUCACCCGCUCCGCAGAUUUAUCCGUUAAUGCCAUCUGUGAUCCCGCCAGAUCACUAUCUUUAUUUUCCAGCUAACGAGUUAGCAUCAGUUCCCAUGAGACCAAAAUUUUCGAUUACCACUCCAAGGCCUCCAUGUUACUUUCCAAACCAAACUGUUCAUGAGUUAAACAGGGGGAGGUCAACCGUAAUCAUUAGAGAGAUACAAGAGGAAAAAACAGAAGACCCCACAACAGCUUGCAACUUUAGCAAUGAGACAAGAUUCCCAUCACCAGCUCCCGAGAUCGAGAGACAUAAACACGAGGGCUCUAGAAGCAACAGUAGUAGUAGAAAUGAUGAACUGAGAGGAGAACAAGGUGGGGAAUCCGAGUGGGAUUCUCAUAGGAGCAUGAGAUUUGCUCACAAACCAGUUAACAUUGAGCUGCAAAACCCAUCCAGGAUUGCCAUAGCACGACCACAAGCAACUUCCGACCGAUGUUUUAGAACGCCAGCAGCUUCAUAUUCCACGGUGAGAACUAUAAGCCCUACUUCAUCGACAGUGCAACAUAGGGAAGUACCUAUGGCUGCUGCUUCAAGGUUGAGAACAGGUGCCCCACGAAGUCCGGGCAUGAUAAGAACAGCCACUCCUGUAUUCAAUAUGGCCCCAGCUGUGAGAAUCAGAUCAGUAGUUCCGGUCUGCUCAGCUCCUCCAAGGAGGUUCAUGGCAGAGACGUCCAAAGGCAAGGAAAAAGAAGAUUCAAAAACAAAAGACAAAUGA